AUGAACCUGCCGCGGCUCGUGUGUAGGCACCGCACGGCGUUGGUGCUGGCUGGCCUGGCGCUGUCAGCCACCGCGCUGCUCUGGCUGGCCAGGUGCGCGCCCGAAGGCACGGGGGGCGGGCACGCGGCGGCAGCGCAUGCGCCAGCCGAGGCGGGCGAGCCCGCGGAGCGCACAUUCCUAGCCGUGCUGGUGGUGAGCGCGCCCGCGGGUACGGAGAGGCGGCGCGCCGUACGCAGCACGUGGCUAGCGGACGCUGGGCAACCGGGGCCACUAGCAGACGUGUGGGCACGCUUCGUGGUAGGUACGGCCGGGCUGGCGGCCCCAGAGCGGCGCGCGCUGGAGAGGGAGCAGACGCUGCAUGGCGACCUGCUGCUGCUGCCCGUGCGCGAUGCCUACGAGAAUCUCACGGCCAAGGUGCUGGCUAUGUUCGCGUGGCUCGACGAACGUGUGGCCUUCGAUUUCGUGCUCAAAGCCGACGACGACACGUUCGCACGCCUGGGCGCCCUGCGCGACGAGCUGCGUGCGCGGGGGCCCGAGCAGCGCCGCCGCCUCUACUGGGGCUUCUUCUCGGGGCGCGGGCGCGUGCAUGCCGGCGGGCGCUGGCGCGAGGCCGCCUGGCUGCUAUGCGACCACUACCUGCCCUACGCGCUGGGCGGCGGCUACGUGCUCUCGGCAGAUCUGGUGCGCUUCGUGAGCCGCAACCGCGACGAGCUGCAGCACUGGCGCAGCGAGGAUGUGUCCCUGGGCGCCUGGCUUGCCCCCAUCGACGUACACCGCGAACACGACCCGCGUUUCGACACCGAGUAUCGCUCUCGAGGCUGCAGCAACCAGUACCUUGUGACGCACAAGCAGAGCCCCGACGACAUGCACGCCAAGCAGCGCAGCCUGCUUCAGCAUGGCCACCUGUGCCCACAGGAGGUGCGCCUGCGCCUCUCUUACGUCUACGACUGGGAUGUGCCGCCCUCCCAAUGCUGCCGCCGCCGCGAAGGCAUUCCUUGA